AUGAAUGGUAUUAUAAUUGGGAAAUUUGUAGAGCGUGUAUCAAAGACUAACGAAGAAAUUAAAACAUUAGAAGAGUCAACGAAAAAUCAGUCUGAAAGCGAACUAUGGAAAGUAGAGAGAAGUAUACGACUGACAGCCUCAAAUUUUGGAAAGGUUUGUAAACUACGAUUAACAACGUCAAGGAAAAAUACUGUUAAAAGUAUAUUAUAUAAUACAUUUUCCGGUAAUUUAUCGACAAACUAUGGCAUCGAAAAUGAACCUAUAGCAAGAAUUUCCUUCGAAAAAGUGAUCAACUUAAAAAUUAAACCGGCUGGUUUAUUUGUUGAUAAAACAUAUCAUUUUUUGGCUGCAAGUCCUGACGGGCUAAUCGAAGACGAUGGUAUCAUAGAAAUUAAAUGUCCAUACACUAUUAAAGAUCUCACACCUGAAGAUGCUAUCCAAAAUGGAAAAUUGAAAUUUGCGACAGUCAUCGAUGGAAAAUUAAAUUUAAAAACAAAUGAUAAUUACUAUUAUCAAAUACAAGGACAACUACACAUAACACAAAGAGCUUACUGUUAUUUCGUCGUGUGGUCAUCCAAAGGUAUGUUGUACCAAAAGAUUGUACGAGAUGACGUUUUUUUCGAACUACGAAUGCAGCAACAGUUGAUUUCAUUUUACCAUGACCAUUUGUUACAUGAAAUAUUAGAUUCCCGUUUUAAUCGUGGUUUACCCAUUAGAGAUUAAUUUUUAGCUUUUUUCGUAGUUAUAAUGUAAUAUAUUUAAU